AUGCAAAUUGUCGCCUACGCAUCCAAGUUCAAAAAUGCAGCGGAAGCAUUCAAGUCUGAGGGAGGCAGGGCUAUAAUUGGCGUUUUUUUCCAAAUUACGACCAACCGGUUGCAAUCCAGUCUUUCAAAAAUGGGCAACCUCCUAUCGGUAAUCCGAAAUCUUACUGCCUACGGCUCGUCCGUCGCAGUGAACUCCUUAAAACCUGAUGUCCUAUUGCCUGACAACAAGGACGAGUUCUUCCGCUACUUGGGUUCACUCACUCAUCAACCCUGCAUAGAAAAUGUUCAGUGGACGGUAAUGAGGCAUGCCCUUCAGGUGACCAAUGAAGAUGUAAGUUCUAAAAGGCAUCUCCCUGUUGGCUAUGUGAUCCUACAGCUACGGGUCUAUACAGUAACAGAGAUGAUGAAAAAAAUGAGAAUGUUACAGAUUUUAUAA